AUGCAGCAGUUCUAUCGUAGGCCUUCUAGGGAGGCUUUGAUCCCAGCAAUAGGCGUCGAACAAAACGGUCCCCACCUGUGGUGGACAAUGGUCUUCGGUGCAGAUGGUGAGUUAGUGACAAACAGGACAGUACUCGCGAUGCUAGAGACAUCGGUCAGGGAUGAGCGGUCCACAGAUUCUAAAGCAUGGAAUACACCAAGGACGAGGAAUCUGACAAUGCCUGUGACCCAAGGUUUGGAGUACAUCAUGGAAGAUGGCAUGAUUAAAAAUGACAUUUGGCUAGAGCUCAACGCCACUGCCGCAAUACCAUUUUGGGCGUCCAUGGCUCCAGUUCCCGAAGCAGAGAACAACUUGACAAGUAGAAGAUACGAUUACCCAAUAUUAAGCCGAUUCAUAGAAUCCCUUUCGGCGGCCAUCGCCACAGCGGAAAAGGCGGAAGACAUUGCUGCUUCAGUGGCAAAAACUUAUGAUCACGCUUUACUCUCACGUACGGUUGGCAUACUUGAAUCAAGAUCUCCAACUGAAAGCUUCCAAAGAAAAACCAUCCAGGUAACUCGUAUACCACGAGCACCUUUCAUAGCUCUCAUUGUCCUGGACACAAUCUACGCGACGAUCGCUACAAUUCUCAUGAUAUCAGCAGUAAUAGCAGUCCGUUAUGGCGAGGGGGUCAAUGACGCACAAGCACGACUGUGCACUCAAGCAAUUGUGGCAGAAAGUUUCGAGAGCCCAGCACUAGGCGAUGACGCCAAAUCUGCUGACGAUCUUUUCGCUGAGCGGCGGGGCUUGCCCACACGACGUAUCGCGAUCGUUAAGCGCAAGGGUGGAGGUAGAAAGUACAAACAGAUUGUGAUGCCGGAGAGUGUACGGAAAGCGAGUCCUGUCGUACAAAGCGAUCGAAUCCAAGUGGCGAAAAGUAAGUUCAGCACAACCUAUUCCUCUACGCCACCCUACGAAAGAGUUUCUCUUCACGAAGACAGAUUUGGGAGACGGAUGCAAAAAGCACAGAAGACAAAGAGAAGUCGUUUCAAGGGUGGAACAAUCUCAUGA